CACCAAAAUAAUCCCAUUAGUUAGAGGAGAGUUUAGAGAGUUGAGAGAAGCUGUCCGGAGAGCUUCCCGUCGCCGGAGCAAGCCAUGGUGUUCGCCGGAAGUUUCGCCAUUUUUCCGCCGGAAUCAUCGUUUUACUUCGAAGUAAGCCCGUAGAUAUAUCUAGUGACUAGAAAGUUCGUAUAGAUCGUUUCUACGUUCAUAAACGAUCAUUUGGUUGAGUUUUGUGUUUAACAUAUGUGAAGAACCAAGAAUCAUAAACCUUGAAUUUGUUGUUAAAACUUCGAAUUGAUGCCUCUAAAAUGAUCUACGAACCUUGGAGAACAUUUCUAUAUAGUUUAAUUGAAGUUUGGUGACCAAAAAUGGAACUUGAGAAAAAUGGGUCAAUAGAAUGAUGUGACAUGAUCCUGGAGGCAGACGGAGGCAAGAUAGUUGGAAUGGAUGUGAUUGUUUUGAAUUAAAGAAUAUAAAUAAAUUAUGUUUGUGGUUAUGAUUUGUUAAGCUUCCGCAAUAUUGAAAACUCCGUACUGUUUAUAUUAUGAAAAAUAUUAUUAUGAUAAAUAAAAGUGUUUGAAAUGUUUUAAAUGUUUACGAAUACCAAGUUUAUACUUUAGUCCGAAAGGGGCUGCACAGACCUGGAUGGAUUGAGAAGAAUUGCUAUGAAAAGGGGGCGCCCGAGAAAGAAGAAGGCUAAGGCAGAGGCAACGGAGCAGAAUUCUCUGAAACAGAAAACAGAAAUCGCAACACCAGAGACGGGAGAAUCAUCGACUGGUAAGAAUGAUACUCCUCUAGAAUCGCCAUCGGUACAGAAACAAAACCUAGAUAUGGAUCCACAUGUGAAUAAUCAGGGAAAAGGGGAUGGGAUUAGCAUGUCUGAUAAGAAGGAAUCUACUGAGGGAACACCAAGCCAUAAGGAAAUUCAAGAAGUACCUAUACGUACAUUUGUUGAGGUUGUUGGUGCUAAAGAGGAUAUCAAAUCUGAAUUAAGCUUUGUACAAACAAAAGAGAUUAAUGGGGUCAAAAUGGCUAGAAUGUCACAAGAGGAUCUGAUGGAUAUAGCUAACUAUUGGGAAGCCUCACUCAUAUGUUGUGUACUAGGGGCCAACCCACCCUUGAAGAUAAUGGAUGGCUUCCUAAGAAGAAUCUGGAAGGAGUAUAAAAUUGAGGAAAUCUCAGUGUUAAGAGAAGGGCAGUUUGUGAUACAGUUUGAGAAAGAAACAGAUAGGGAUGAUGUUUUCAAGAGGAAGUAUUACUUUAUGGAUAACAAACCUAUGCUUGUCCAAAGAUGGAAGUCUGGGUGGAAGGUAAAUCUGGAGGAGCUAACUGAUAUUCCCAUUUGGAUUAGGCUGCCAGAUCUGGAACCAAAAUACUGGAGUCUUACUGGACUAAGUAAAAUAGGAAGCAUUGUUGGGAAACCUGUCAAGAGGGACAAGGCUACUGCAACAAUGUCAAAGAUGGGCUAUGCUAGAAUUCAGAUUGAAGUGAGCAUCAGACAACAGUUCCCAGAAAAUAUUAAAUUCAUUGAUGUGGAAGGAAGAGUGGUCUCACAAAAGAUUGACUAUGAGUGGUGUCCAAUAACCUGUGAGAAAUGUAAGAAGCUGGGACAUUCGGAAACAGUAUGCAGAACUAAAGAGGUCGUUCAUACCCAGGGCAAAAGGACCAUGGUAUGGAGGCCAAAACCAAAGGCUCAGGAAAAGGAGUCUAAUGAGGGGAAUGAAAAUCUGCCCUUACAACUGGAGGAGGAUAAAAAGGAAGAUGUUUCUGAGGAGUUCCAAAUGGUAGACACGAAGAAAAGUGCUAAGAGGGUGAUACAGUUUGAAGAGCAGUUUGUGAAUGGCAUAAAUAGGAGGAAGGCUCUAUGGAUGGAUCUGAGACAACUACAGGGCAGUACUAAGAAGGCUUGGGUGAUUAUGGGAGAUUUUAAUUGUGUGUUGGGGAUGGAUGAUAGAAUGGGGGGGAACCCAGUGGGUCAGGAGGAGGUAAAAGAUUUCCAAGAAUGUAUGAAUUGGUGCGGGUUAGAGGAAAUGCCCAUGGAAGGGAACUAUUUCACCUUAUCUAAUAGGCAGGGACAAGACAAGAGAAUUUACUCCAGAAUUGAUAGAGCAUUGUGUAAUACAGACUGGAUGAUCAAACACAAUACUAAACUAAUUGUUAAGGUGGAGGGCAUAUCAGAUCACUCACCUCUGGUAAUUAUCCAAGGAAAUACUAGAACCAGUAAAAGCUUCAGAUAUUGUGAUAUGUGGGCACUGGAUUCAAGGUUUCCAGACACUGUUAAGAAGGUUUGGCUCAAAGAUAGAUCAGGAAGACCUAUGUAUCAAGUAUGCCACAAAUUGAAGGAACUGAAGGGACAACUUAAAAUGUUACAUAAGAAUAAUUUUGGGAGAGCUUUCCAGGAGACUGAUACCAUUAGAGAAAAACUGCACAGUGUCCAAGCUGAAUUGAAAAAGGAUCCUAAGAAUGAAAAGCUGAUUCAGGAAGAAAAAGAUUUGAUUCAUAAAAUGCAAGUCUCUAUGAAAGCUUCACUUCUGAUGAUGAAUCAAAUGUAUAAGAAGAGUUGGAUAACAGAAGGGGAUCUAAACUCUAAACUCUUCUUCUCAUGGCUGAGAAGAAGAAGACUCCAAAAUCAGGUUCAUAGUAUAAAGAAUAAGGAGGGCAAGCUGGUGGAAGGAGAGGGAAAAGUAGCAGCAGUCUUGUUGGAAUUCUAUGAAGCACUUAUUGGAUCAAAUUUGGAGAUAAAAAAUAUUGACAAAGAAGCCAUGGAAUGUGGGGGGAAACUGGAUAUUGAACAACAACUUGGCCUGUUGAAAGAUAUCACUGAAGAGGAUGUGAAGAAGUGCCUAUUUUCCAUACCUAAUAGUAAGAGCCCAGGUCCUGACGGAUACAGCAGUGGCUUCUUCAAAAACCAAUGGAGGACGGUGGGAGGACUGAUCACACAAGCAAUAUUAGAGUUCUUCUCUAAUGGAAGAAUGUUAAAACAAGUAAAUGCUACAGUACUGACUCUAAUCCCCAAAGUUGAAGCACAUUCUGUUGCAAAUGAUCUCAUCAUAGUAUGCAAGGCUGAAGAGAGGUCCUUAAAGUGUAUUAUGGAGGUGCUACAUACCUUUCAAGAAACAACUGGUCUGAGUAUUAAUAAUGGAAGAUGCAGGGUUAUCAGCAGUGUGCUCUUUGGCAUCAUGACAUUCUGGUGUAAAUUGUUUAUUCUCCCAACAAAGGGGGCCUAGGCCUAAGGAAUGUGGUGUACUGGAAUAGAGCUUAUGUAUACAACUAUUGGUGGGAUAUUGAUAAAGAUAAGGAAAAUUUGUGGGUAAAAUGGGUACAUGAAUGGUAUAUUAAAGGGGAGGUGAAGAACUACGAAAUCAGGGGUGACUGUUGUUUUUAUUGGAAAAAGAUCAUAAACAAUAGAAAAUGGUUCACCAAUAUGGAUAUGUCAAAGGGGUACACUACAGAGAUGGGGUAUGCCUGGCUGCUGGAGGUGAAAGAAAAGCCAAACUGGAUAUCAUUUGUUUGGAACAACCUAACUGUACCCAAACACCAAUUCCUCCAAUGGCUCAUUAGUAAAGAGAGAGUUAGUACCAAGGCAAGACUAGCUAAAGUCAUGGAUAUAAUUAACAUAUGUGAAUUAU